GAAAAAAUCACACAACAAAGUUGAGAAAAAAAAAGGAAGAGAAGAGAGGAGAGGAGAAAAAAACAGCGAUAAAACCGAAAAGCCUAAGAAACAUCAAAAGAGAAGAAGAAAAAAAAUUUCAAUUUUUUUGUUUCACAAAGGAAAAUCUUUCAAUUUUAUGGCAACCCGUCUCCUCCGAACAAACUUUAUCCGGCGUCCUUACCGUUUCUCCGCUUUAACUCCGGUGGGUCCCCCCACCGUAACGGCUUCAACCGCCGUCGUCCCUGAGAUUCUCUCCUUCGGACAACAAGCGCCGGAGCCACCUCUCCACCACCCAAAACCAAACGAAGCUCACCAUGACAUCGAUCUCUCCGAUCAAGCCCGUCUCUUUGCCUCCGUGCCCACCUCCGAUCUCCUCCGCUCAACCGCCGUUUUGCAUGCGGCGGCGAUAGGCCCUAUGGUGGAUCUUGGAUCGUGGGUCAUGAGCUCUAAACUCAUGGACACCGCCGUGACACGUGGCAUGGUUCUUGGGCUUGUGAAAGGUACGUUUUAUGACCAUUUUUGCGCCGGUGAAGACGCAGACGCAGCCGCUGAACGUGUGAGGAGCGUUUACGAGGCUACGGGUCUUAAAGGGAUGCUUGUCUAUGGCGUCGAACACGCCGAUGAUGCUCCUUCUUGCGAUGAUAACAUGCAACAAUUCCUUCGAACCAUCGAAGCUGCCAAAUCCUUACCAACAUCUCAUUUCAGCUCAGUGGUCGUGAAGAUAACCGCGAUUUGUCCGAUUAGUCUUCUGAAACGAGUGAGCGAUUUGCUUCGAUGGGAAUACAAGAGUCCGAAUUUCAAACUCUCAUGGAAGCUCAAAUCCUUCCCGGUUUUCUCCGAUUCGAGUCCUCUCUACCACACAAACGCAGAACCGGAACCGUUAACCGCCGAGGAAGAACGUGAGCUCGAAGCAGCCCACGGAAGAAUCCAAGAAAUCUGCAGGAAAUGUCAAGAAUCCAAUGUACCUUUGCUAAUCGAUGCAGAAGACACAAUCCUCCAACCAGCGAUUGAUUACAUGGCUUAUUCAUCGGCGAUCAUGUUCAACGCGGACAAAGAUAGACCAAUCGUUUACAACACGAUUCAGGCCUACUUGAGAGACGCGGGUGAGAGAUUGCAUUUGGCUGUGCAAGAAGCUGAGAAAGAGAAUGUUCCUAUGGGGUUUAAGUUGGUGAGAGGUGCUUAUAUGUCGAGCGAAGCUAGAUUGGCAGAUUCCUUGGGUUUCAAGUCACCGGUCCACGACACGAUUCAGGACACGCAUGCUUGUUACAACAACUGCAUGACCUUCCUGAUGGAGAAAGCAUCUAACGGGUCUGGUUUUGGUGUCGUUCUUGCAACACACAAUGCUGAUUCGGGAAGACUUGCGUCAAAGAAGGCGAGUGAUCUCGGGAUCGAUAAACAGAAUGGGAAGAUAGAGUUUGCGCAGCUAUACGGUAUGUCAGAUGCAUUGUCCUUCGGUUUAAAGAGAGCCGGGUUCAAUGUUAGCAAGUACAUGCCAUUUGGACCGGUCGAAACUGCUAUACCGUAUCUUCUCCGACGUGCUUAUGAGAACCGGGGAAUGAUGGCUACCGGAGCCAAUGACCGUCAACUCAUGAGGAUGGAACUUAAGAGGAGAUUAAUCGCCGGAAUUGCGUGAAGAGAGGAGUUUAAUUGUACUUAUGUAUGGAGCCAUUAAAUGGAAUUGGGAAAUGUAGAUCAAUAAAUUUCUUCUAUGUAGAUUAAGAAAUUGAUGAACAAAAAAAAAGUUAUAAUAUAAGAAAUGGAGUAGGUGAGAACAUUUCAUGUGGCUUUGUAGUAUAACGGGCUAUAUAUAUUUAAUUUAAUCGAUAAAUAUUAUUCACCAAUGUAUAUUAUUCAUCCUUCCUUACCAAUAAUAAUGGAAUUACUUUUUU